AGAGGUCUGCCCUGCCAGGUUGACUCUUCACCACACUGAAACCAUUAGGAAAAAUCCUUGUGGUAAACAGCAGAGGCUUCAGAGUGUAACCUGUACUCGGGCCUAGAAAUUAUUUUAAAUGGCGACUGAUACGUCUCAAGGUGAACUCGUCCAUCCUAAGGCACUCCCACUUAUAGUAGGAGCUCAGCUGAUCCACGCGGACAAGUUAGGUGAGAAGGUAGAAGAUAGCACCAUGCCGAUUCGUCGAGCUGUAAAUUCUACCCGGGAAACUCCUCCCAAAAGCAAGCUUGCUGAAGGGGAGGAAGAAAAACCAGAACCAGAUAUAAGUUCAGAGGAAUCUGUUUCCACUGUAGAAGAACAAGAGAAUGAAACCCCACCUGCUACAUCCAGUGAGACAGAGCAGCCAAAGGGGGAGCCUGAGAAUGAAGAGAAGGAAGAAAACAAGUCUUCUGAGGAAGCCAAGAAAGAUGAGAAAGAUCAUUCUAAAGAAAAGGAGAAGAAAGUGAAAAAAACAAUUCCUUCCUGGGCUACUCUUUCUGCAAGCCAGCUGGCAAGGGCCCAGAAACAAACACCGAUGGCUUCCACCCCCCGUCCCAAGAUGGAUGCCAUCCUCACUGAGGCCAUUGAGGCAUGCUUCCAGAAGAGUGGGGCAUCAGUGGUUGCCAUUCGAAAGUACAUCAUCCACAAGUACCCUUCUCUGGAGCUGGAGAGGAGGGGCUACCUCCUCAAGCAAGCACUGAAGAGAGAACUAAACAGGGGUGUCAUCAGACAGGUAAAAGGGAAAGGUGCUUCUGGAAGUUUUGUUGUGGUUCAGAAAUCAAGAAAAACACCUCAGAAAUCCAGAAAUAGAAAGAAGAGGAGUGCUGCAGUGGAUCCAGAGCCACAAGUAAAACUGGAGGAUAUCCUGCCACUGGCCUUCACUCGCCUGUGUGAGCCUAAAGAAGCGUCUUACAGUCUCAUAAGGAAAUAUGUGUCUCAGUAUUAUCCUAAACUUAGAGUGGACAUCAGGCCUCAGCUGUUGAAGAAUGCACUGCAGAGAGCAGUAGAGAGAGGCCAGUUAGAACAGAUAACUGGCAAAGGUGCUUCUGGGACAUUCCAGCUGAAGAAAUCAGGGGAGAAACCCCUGCUUGGUGGAAGCCUGAUGGAAUAUGCAAUCUUGUCUGCCAUUGCUGCCAUGAAUGAGCCGAAGACCUGCUCCACCACUGCUCUGAAGAAGUAUGUCCUGGAGAACCACCCAGGAGCCAACUCUAACUAUCAAAUGCAUUUACUGAAGAAAACUUUGCAGAAGUGUGAGAAGAAUGGGUGGGUGGAGCAGAUCUCCGGCAAAGGGUUCAGCGGCACCUUCCAGCUCUGUUUCCCCUACUAUCCCAGCCCAGGAGUUCUGUUUCCAAAGAAAGAGACAGAUGAUUCUAAAGAUGAGGAUGAAGAUGAGGAUGAAGAUGACUCCUCAGAAGAGGACUCUGAGGAUGAAGAGCCACCACCUAAGAGAAGGUUGCAGAAGAAAACCCCAGCCAGGUCAUCAGGAAAGGCUGCACCUGUGAAACAGAGAGGCUCCAAGCCUGCACCUAAAGUCCCAGCUUCUCAGAGGGGUAAAACUAGGCCCCUCCCCAAAAAAGCUCCUCCUAAGGCCAAAACUCCUGCCAAGAAAGCCAGACCCUCCCCUUCAGUCAUCAAGAAACCUAGUGGUGGCUCUUCCAAGAAACCUGCCACCAGUGUGAGAAAGGAAGUAAAAUUGCCUGGCAAGGGCAAGUCCACCAUGAAGAAAUCUUUCAAAGCAAAAAAGUAAAUUUUAUAGGAGAAAAGGGUAUCAUGAUGAAAUUUAAAAAUCUUAUUUUCUAAGGUCAGUGUGCAUUUGUUGUAGCUUUGAUGCUUUUAAAAUUACUUUUUCCCCCUUUCCAAUGAACAUUGUUGGGAGGGAUCAUAAAUAAACCAAUUUAGGCAUUUGUUAGCUUCAGGUGCUAUUCUUGGUGCCUGUCCCUUCCCUCAGUCACUUUAAUUUCUGCGAUAAUUCUGGACUUUUCUGAACUGUAUUAUUAGAUUUGUCCUUUUUUCCCCUUCCACCCAACCUUUUUUUUUUUUUUCCUUUCAGUUUUAUCUGAACAGUUGCAAAGAGUUUUAUAUUUGUAGAAGGCAUCAAGAACAGGAUGCUGGUCAGAUGGUGGGCGUUAAAAAGAGACAGUAUAGCACUGACUGACUUGUAAAGCCUCCUGCCUGGAGACUUAAUACUUAGUCUAAUGUAUAAAACCACUCUGCCAGCCCUCUUUCUCCAGCUGUAAACAGAGACAUCUUAGAUUUGGGAAUAAGCCAAAAAUGUGAUUUCAUUUUAUUCUGAAGAUGCUGGGCUCCUAUGAGCUACUUUUCACAUUGAUCGAUGUCCAGGUAUUUGUCAGUAGCCCAGGACACUGCAGAAUUCCCUUAACAGCAAGCACAAGUUCUCUCCACCACUUGGUUUUCGACUGAAGGGGAAAUAGAGGAACAUAUUGAAUUUGUGAUUUCUGGUCACCUGUGUUACCAAAAAUCAGAACAUAAAAUCUUCUUGAUCAGAUGUUUAAAUAUAUUUUUUAAUAUUUGGAGUAUGAGUUGUCACUUCCUAUUUGCCUUUUUCAUGAAGAAAGGUUGGAGAGUUACAUCUUUGCUAAUAUAGAAAUGUUAAGUGGAAAAACAAUUUGCUAAAGUAAACUAGAUUCCAGAUUGGGUUUUUUCCCCCUCCUUUCUUUCCAUAGCACUUUUAAUAUCAAACAAGUGGCUUCCUUUUUAAGAUAUUAAAAAAGAAAAAAAGAAAAAAAAACGAAGCCCAACUACCUAACCCUUUCUUAUUUGUAUUUGUUUUAGUAUUGUGAAGUUGUGUUAAAUAGUAUUAGCUUUCUACUUGAGAAAUACUGAUUUCUGGUUAUCAUUUAUCCUCCCUGUGGCACUUGACAUUUUAAUUGUCUUAAACUUUUUGGUGUACAUCUCCUGGCCCCUUGAGUACUGCCAGAGGCAAAAGAUGUUUGUUCCAUUCAUUCCACUUGCAUUGUCUCCUGGGAUCCUGUCUGCAGCCUGAAGUGUGGCCGGGAAUGGACUUGAGAAGCUUGGCUGGAAUUCGAUCCAUAAUCAUGUGUGAUCCCAUCAUGAGUUCAUUGGAAUUUGUGUUGCAUGUAAGGCAAUCUUUCCUGUUGUAAAUCUUCCUUUUUUUAUGUACAUAUAUUUUGAAAAAUAUGAAUAAACAUGAAAUUUUAA